AUGAGUCCGCUCCUACACUUCCUCUUCAUCCUCUUCGCUGUGGCUGCUGUUGUCAAUACUUCUGCAACAACAGAUCCUAGCGAUGGCAGCGAUGAAGACUUUGGACUGGACACUCUGUCGCGGCGGUUCCUCCCUGAGCAGAGCCGAGUGCUGGCGACCGCGACGUGCGACAAGUACCCGCAACUGUGCCGAGUGAAGAGCAGCCCUGGGCCGGACUGCUGCAGGAAGGCGUGCACCAACAUAAAGACCGAUCGGCUGAACUGCGGGAUGUGCGGGCACAAGUGCCGGGUCUACGAGAUCUGCUGCAAAGGGUAUUGCGUGAACCCGAUGUUCGACAAGAGGAACUGCAACGGAUGCAAUAUAAAGUGCAAGAAAGGGGGCUACUGUAUCUAUGGGAUGUGCGAUUACGCUUGA